AUGUGCACGAACAUGAAGUUGACAUUCAAGAUGAUAAUGUACGUUCUACGGCAGUAUGGGGAGGUUGGGGAGAUGGAGGAGCAGGCUGGGGCAGAGGAGCAGGCUGGGGUAGAGGAAGGGCGUGCCGAGACCUUUGCCGUUACACGAUCCGCGAUGAUGUUAUGGGACUACGCACAGGAGAUCGCACAAGACAGGACGGAAUUCGCGUAUGCUCAUCCAGAGGCGCCUCGCCCCGCUCACCCGCCCAUCCAGAUGUCGCGCCGCGACAAAUGCCUGCUUGCAUUGAUGGUGGAGGAUAGGCGUGAGGCGGUGAUUCGGCUAUGGGAGGAGUUGAAUGAGAUCAAGCGCCUGUUGGGUUUAGAGAAUAUUUAG